AUGGUUAGAACUAGAGCUUCCCAGCGACGAAGGCCCACAGCAUUUGCACGUAGGCAACUGGAAGCUAUCCCUAUUGCUGAGAAUGUUCAUCACGUGGAUGACGCAGUUGACGAGGUCCACAAACAACCUCAAGAAGCAGCCAUUGAUGAUAAAGUUGUUGAUGCCCAAGGUUUUCUAGGCGGGCCACAUGACACAUUAGUUCUGACUGCCUAUGUUGAUCAUGCUGCAGUCAUUGUUUGGAAUGAAGAGUUAUCCUCCCAUGGAAGGAAGGUUCAGAAAUUCGGCAGGGCUACUGUAGAGAUUGAAGGCUUAGUUGCUGCCAUUGGAUUAAGUCCUUUGAUUGCAUGUUCCUUGGACACUGGCGAUUGGAGACUUAUAUCGACUUUUGUAGAGAGCGCCUUCCAUAGCUUUGAGACUCUUCAUGUUGAUGAAGCGGUGUUGCUAUUAGUCGAAUUACUUAAAGUGAGUGCAGAUGAAGCAAGAGCUAAGACAAUACAAUGUUGCACUCUUUUUGCUAACAAGAGUGCAACACACAUGCAUGUGGUGUUCUUGGACACUUUUCGAGACCUCGACCAAAGUGGAAGCUACGCAUGGGGAACUGCAGCCCUAGUGCAUAUGUACGGCAAUUUGAAUGAUGCAUCUAAAAGCAGCGACAAACAACUUCUCGAAUAUAUCAUACUAUUACAGUGUUGGAUUUAUGAGCAUUUUCCAUUUGUUGUUGAGGCUAUUACUGUUGAAGAUUAUCAUGAAAGGAAACCAUGUGCUUGUUGCUGGACCUCUGGGAAGGCAUUACCAGUGUCGACGUAUCGGAAGCGUCUAGAUAGAUUGACGUCUGAUGGUGUUUGCUGGAUGCCUUACGGUGACCACCAUGCAAUUAGAGAAUUUGAGCUGAUUUCUUUGUUUUCCGGACAUAUCCGAUGGGGUCCAGUUGUUGUCAUACAUCGACCAGAGAGGCUUGUGCUUAUGUUCAGACUAUUCCUCCACACUCUCCGGCUUCAAGAUUAUGCUUAG